ACACCAUGAUCCCCGUCCCUCGAGGUCUCCGAGGUGCCGGGCAGCCGCGCGCCUCAGUUCUUCCGUCCGCCUCGGGCGCCCCGGCCGCGCUCGGAGCCGGCGGUCAGCGCUGAGGCGCCAGCGCAGAGGCGCUCGCGCCCGAGGGUUACGACGAAGUUGUGGAAAGGGGCGCGGAGCACCGUCGGACGGCGGAACGUGAGCGCCCGGCUCGCGGUCAGGCCGCCGGCCAGGGUCGCCCGCCCGGGGCCGUUUCCAAGGCGUGGCGGCGGCGGGGGAGAUGCUGCUGCUCUUCGCCCCUGCCCGAGGCUCCUCGCUCUGCUCCUCCGGCCCCAGCCCGCUGCCCCUCGGGGGAGAAAAGGUGGUGGCUUUCCGCGCCCGCCGCGGCUGCCGACGGUCCGCCUGGAAGCCGCGUUCCCGCAGCCCGCGCCCCGCGCGCCAGUAGCCGGACCUGGGGUCCCGACGAGCCGGUACUAUGCAUGUGACACUAGCUGAGGCCCUGGAGGUUCGGGGCGGUCCGCUUCAGGAAGAAGAAAUAUGGGCUGUAUUAAACCAAAGUGCUGAAAGUCUCCAAGAACUAUUCAGAAAAGUAAGCAUAGCUGAUCCUGCUGCCCUGGGCUUCAUCAUUUCUCCAUGGUCUCUACUGUUGCUACCAUCUGGUAGUGUGUCAUUUACAGAUGAAAAUAUUUCCAAUCAGGACCUUCGAGCAUUCACUGCACCAGAAGUUCUUCAAAAUCAAUCACUGACAUCUCUCUCUGAUGUUGAGAAGAUCCACAUUUAUUCUCUUGGAAUGACAUUGUAUUGGGGAGCAGAUCAUGAAGUACCUCAGAGCCAACCUAUUAAACUUGGAGAUCAUCUCAACAGCAUACUGCUUGGUAUGUGUGAGGAUGUUAUUUAUGCUCGGGUUUCUGUCCGGACUGUCUUGGAUGCUUGCAGUGCCCACAUUAGGAAUAGCAAUUGUGCUCCUUCCUUUUCCUACGUGAAACAGUUGGUAAAACUGGUCCUGGGAAAUCUGGCUGGGACGGAUCAGCUUUCCUGUAACAAUGAGCACAAGUCUGACCGAAGCCAGGCUAUUCGGGACCGAUUGAGAGGAAAAGGAUUACCAACAGGAAGAAGCUCUACUUCUGAUGUACUAGACACACACAAGGCUCCAUUCUCUCAUCAGACCUUUCUUAACAAAGGGCUUAGUAAGUCUAUGGGAUUUCUGUCCAUCAGAGACACACAAGAUGAGGAAGAUUAUUUCAAGGACAUUUCAUCACAUGAAAAUUCUGGACAUGAAGAUUCUGAAAAUAUCUGCUCCCCAUACCAGUUCAAAACUAGCAAUCCACAAAAAAACAUUAUCCCUGGCAUUGAGGUGCUUCCCAAGAAGAAAACUUGGGCUUCAUCCAUGGAUUUGCUUUGUACAUCUGACAGAGACUUCUCUUCUGGAGAGACAGGCCAAUACCCACUCUGUCACCCUGAGGCUGUAACAGGUCGGACUUCAACUAUUCCUAGAAAAAGAGAAGCAAGAUACUCUGAUGGAAGCAUAGCCUUGGAUAUCUUUGGUCCUCAGAAAAAGGAUCCAGUGUAUCACACUCAAGAAAUGCCCACUUCCUCUGCAAUAUCAAGUGCUUUGGACCGAAUUCGAGAGAGACAAAAGAAACUUCAGGUUCUGAGAGAAGCCAUGAAUGUAGAAGAACCAGUUCGAAGAUACAAACCUUACCACAGUGAUAUCUUCAGUACCUCCAGUGAAAGUCCAUCUAUUAUUUCUUCUGAUUCAGAUUUCAGACAAGUGAGAAGAAGCGAAGCUUCAAAGAGAUUUGAAUCCAGCAGUGGUCUCCCAGGGUUAGAUGAAACCCCAAGUCAAGGACAACUGCAGAGACCAAGACAAUAUGAAACACCUCUUGAGGGCAGCUUAAUCAAUCAAGAGAUCAUGCUAAAACGGCAAGAAGAAGAGAUGAUACAGCUGCAGGCCAGAAUGGCCCUUCGACAGUCUCGCUUAAGCCUAUGUCCAGGAGACACAAUCAAAGCUUCUAUGCUUGAUAUCACAAGGGAUCCAUUAAGAGAAAUUGCCCUAGAAACAGCCAUGACCCAGAGAAAACUGAGGAAUUUCUUUGGCCCGGAGUUUGUGAAAAUGACGAUUGAACCAUUUAUAUCUUUGGAUUUGCCUCCAUCUCUUCUUACCAAGAAAGGGAAGAAUGAAGAUAACCGGAGAAAAGUAAAUGUAAUGCUUCUGAGCGGACAGCGUUUAGAACUGACCUGUGAUACCAAAACUAUAUGUAAAGAUGUGUUUGAUAUGGUCGUGGCCCAUAUUGGCCUAGUGGAGCAUCAUUUGUUUGCUUUAGCUAUCCUCAAAGAAAAUGAAUAUUUUUUUGUUGAUCCUGAUUUAAAAUUGACCAAAGUAGCCCCAGACGGAUGGAAAGAAGAACCAAAGAAAAAGAGCAAAGCCACUGUUAACUUUACUUUGUUUUUCCGAAUUAAAUUUUUCAUGGAUGAUGUUAGUCUAAUACAACACAGUCUGACCUGUCAUCAGUAUUACCUUCAACUACGGAAAGAUAUUUUGGAGGAGAAGAUGCACUGUGAUGAUGAGACUUCCUUACUGCUGGCAUCCUUGGCUCUCCAGGCUGAGUAUGGGGAUUAUCAGCCUGAGAUUCAUGGUGUGUCUUACUUUCGACUAGAGCAUUAUUUGCCUGCCAGAGUGAUGGAGAAACUUGACUUGUCUUAUAUUAAAGAAGAGUUGCCCAAAUUGCACAAUACUUAUGCCGGAGCUUCUGAAAAAGAGACAGAGUUAGAAUUUUUAAAGGUCUGUCAGAGGCUGACAGAAUAUGGAGUUCAUUUUCACCGAGUACACCCUGAGAAAAAAUCGCAAACAGGAAUUCUUCUCGGAAUCUGUUCUAAAGGUGUCCUUGUGUUUGAAGUUCACAAUGGAAUUCGUACAUUGGUUCUUCGCUUUCCAUGGAGAGAAACAAAGAAGAUUUCUUUUUCUAAAAAGAAGAUCACAUUACAAAAUACAUCGGAUGAAAUAAAGCAUGCCUUUCAGACAGACAGUGCUAAGGUAUGCGAAUAUCUGUUGCAUCUCUGUUCUUCCCAACAUAAGUUCCAGCUACAGAUGAGAGCAAGACAGAGCAACCAAGAUGCCCAAGACCUUGAGAGAGCUUCGUUUAGGAGCCUGAACCUCCAAGCAGAGUCCGUUAGAGGAUUUAAUAUGGGACGCGCAAUCAGCACUGGCAGUCUGGCCAGCAGCACCCUGAACAAACUGGCCGUUCGACCUUUGUCAGUUCAAGCUGAGAUUCUGAAGAGGUUAUCCUGCUCAGAGCUGUCGCUUUACCAGCCAUUGCAAAACAGUUCAAAAGAGAAGAGUGACAGAGCUUCAUGGGAGGAAAAGCCUAGAGGGAUGAGUAAAUCCUACCAUGAUCUAAGUCAGGCCUCUCUCUAUCCUCAUCGGAAAAAUGUCAUUGUUAACAUGGAAUCCCCGCCACAAACUGGUGCGGAGUUGGUGGGAAAACCUUUUCACCUGAUGGCAAGAUCUGAUACAGAAUCUUUGGCAGGAGUCACAAAACUUCCUAAUUCAAAGUCUGUUGCAAGUUUAAGUAGAAGUCCUGAAAGGAGGAAACAUGAAUCAGACUCAUCCAUUGAAGACCCUGGUCAAGCAAGUGUUGUAGGAAUGACUAUGCAUAGUUCUGGAAAUCCUUCAUCCCAAGUACCCUUAAAAGAAAAUGAUGUGCUACACAAAAGAUGGAGUAUUGUGUCUUCACCAGAAAGGGAGAUCAUGUUGGUAAACCUGAAAAAAGAUGCAAAGUAUGACUUAGGAUUUCAAAUUAUCGGUGGGGAGAAAAUGGGAAGACUGGAUUUAGGUGUAUUUGUCAGUUCAAUUACCCCUGGAGGACCAGCCGACUUGGAUGGAUGCCUAAAGCCAGGAGACCGAUUAAUAUCAGUGAAUAGUGUGAGUCUUGAGGGUGUUAGCCACCAUGCUGCAGUUGAAAUUUUGCAAAAUGCACCUGAAGAUGUGACACUUGUUAUCUCCCAGCCAAAAGAAAAAAUAUCCAAAGUGCCUUCUACUCCUGUGCAUUUUGCCAAUGGGAUGAAAAACUACAUGAAGAAGCCUUUCUACAUGCAAGACAGUACUAUGGAUUCUUCUCACAAUCACCAUUGGCCACGGGGUACCCUGAGAAACAUCACAGAAAGCUCCUUUGGGCUGUCCGGGGGCUUACGUGAAGGAAGCCUUAGUUCUCAAGAUUCUAGGACUGAGAGUGCCAGCUUGACCCAGAGCCAGGUCAAUGGCUUCUUUACUAGCCAUUUAAGUGACCAAACCUGGCAGGACUCACAACAUGGCAGCCCGACCCCAUCCGUAAUAUCCAAAGCCACCGAGAAGAAGAAGAGUUCCUCUGACAGUAACCAAAGCAAAGCCAAAAAGCCAGGCACUUGUGAUGCAGCUGAUUACUCCGACCAUGGAGAUUCAGACAUGGAUGAAGCCACUUAUUCCAGCAAUCAAGAGCAUCAAUCACCAAAAAAGGAUUCUUCCUCCUCAAUGAAUACAUCCAACAAAAUGAAUUUUAAAUCUUUUUCUUCAUCACCUCCUAAACCUGGAGAUAUCUUUGAGGUUGAACUGCCUAAAAAUGCUAACAGCUUGGGGAUAAGUGUCACGGUACUGUUUGACAAGGGAGGUGUGAAUACUAGUGUCCGGCAUGGUGGCAUUUAUGUGAAAGCUAUUAUUCCCAAGGGAGCCGCCGAGUUGGAUGGCAGGAUUCACAAAGGUGAUCGUGUGUUAGCUGUCAAUGGAGUAAGUCUAGAAGGAGCUACUCAUAAGCAAGCUGUGGAAACACUAAGAAAUACAGGACAGGUGGUUCAUCUAUUGUUAGAAAAGGGGCAGUCACCAGUAUCCAGGGAGCAUAUCCCUGUGACCCCACAGUGUACCCUUCCAGAUCUGGAGGCCCAAGGUCAAACCUCAGAAAGAGUGAUGAAGAAAACAACUCACAUCAGAGACUACAGCUUUGUCACUGAAGAAAAUACAUUUGAGGUAAAACUGUUUAAAAAUAGCUCAGGCCUGGGAUUCAGUUUUUCUCGAGAAGAUAAUCUUAUACCUGAGCAAAUGAAUGCCAGCAUUGUCAGGGUUAAAAAGCUCUUCCCUGGACAGCCAGCAGCUGAGAGUGGGAAAAUUAAUGUGGGAGAUGUUAUCUUGAAAGUGAAUGGAGCAUCUUUGAAAGGACUGUCUCAGCAGGAAGUCAUAUCUGCUCUCAGGGGAACCGCUCCAGAAGUAUCCUUGAUUCUCUGUAGACCUCCACCAGGUGUCAUACCAGAACUUGACAGUACUGUUUUGACUCCACUCCACUCUCCGGCACAAAUACUUCCAAGCUGCAGUAAAGAGCCCUCUCAGCCAUCCUCUAUGGAGCAAGGCACCAGCUCAGAUGAAAAUGAAAUGUCUGACAAAAAUACGGAACAGUGCAAAUCCCCAUCCAGGAAAAACAGCUACAGUGACAGCAGUGGGGGUGGAGAAGAUGAUCUAGUGAAAGCUCCAGCAAAGAUGCCCAACAUGACCUGGAGUUCAGCCUUGCAUCAGACUCUAAGUAACACGAUGUCACAGGCACAAAAUCAACACGAAGCACCCAAGAGGCAAGAAGAUACCAUUCAUACCAUGUUUUUCUGUCCUCAGAAAAUAUCCAAUAAACCAGAAUUUGAGAACAGCAAUCCUCCCUCCCCCCUACCAUCAGAAACAACGCCUGGGCAAAGUUGCCAACCCCAAUCAGAACCCUCUUCUAAUUCAAUGGGUAAAACCUGUAUACAUCACUCAUCUGAAUCAAGUACACAAGAAAACUUGACAACUUUGACAAAUGACUUGAAAGCCCACUCUGAAGACUUGGAACUUGAAGUAGAACUCCUCAUUACUCUAAUGAAGUCAGAAAAAGGCAGUCUUGGUUUUACAGUAACCAAAGGCAAUCAGAGUAUCGGUUGUUAUGUUCAUGAUGUCAUACAGGAUCCAGCCAAAAGUGAUGGAAGACUAAAACCUGGGGACCGGCUCAUAAAGGUGAACGAUACGGAUGUUUCAAACAUGACUCACACUGAUGCAGUGAAUCUGCUCCGAGCUGCACCCAAGAUAGUGAGAAUAGUUGUUGGACGAGUUCUAGAAUUGCCCAGGCUGCCAGUGUUGCCUCAUUUGCUACCUGACAUUACAUUAACAUGCAACAAAGAGAAGUUAGGUUUCUCCCUAUCUGGAGGUCAUAACAGUCUUCAUCAAGUGAUAUAUAUUGGUGAUAUCAAUCCAGGGUCAGUUGCAGCCAUUGAGGGUAAUCUCCAGCUGUUAGAUAUCAUCCAUUAUGUAAAUGGAGUCAGCACGCAAGGAAUGACCUUAGAAGAGGCUAACAGAGCAUUAGACAUGUCACUUCCUUCUGUGGUGCUGAAAGCCACAAGAGAUGGUCAUGCUGUGGUCCCCACUUCAAAAAAAUCUGCCAUUUCAACACCAGAGUCAACUAGAGCCAAUGGCUGUCCUAGUGUGGAGCCUUGUGUCCGACCUGCCCUCACCCCUGAGCACUCAUUCUCCCAGGUUAAUGGGGAAGAAAUAACUGAAGCUUUGCACACGAAAGGAAAAUGUUCUGUUUCUCAAAUACAGGAAUCCAUCAACUUCACUGAGGCCAAAGAGCUGGCUAUACUGGAUGACAUUUAUGAUGAUCCUCAAGAAGCUGAAGUGAUCCAAUCUCUGCUGGAUGUUGUAGAUGAGGAAGCCCAGAAUCUUCUCCACCAGAAUAACACAACAGAAGAUGUGUGUGUUCCAGGUACACUGGUGGCAGAUGGCCAGUUAGCAGAUGGGAGAGAAGAUACAGACUGCGAUGGUUCCCCUUUACCCCAGGACCUCACUGAGAUUAUUAAAAUGAACGGUUGUAAAGAAUACUAUGAAGAACAAGUGAGCAGUGAAAGCUUAACUCAGAAGUCACAAACAAGAGAGACAGGUGAAGAUGAAGUGGCACGGGGCGGUGGUGAUGCACCGGUGCAAACGAGCCAUGGAGAUCUCGAUAAAGAUCAUCUCUUUCUGACUCUUGAGGAGCUCGCCGCCCUCCCCAUUGUCAGAGUUCCUCCCUCUGGGAAGUACAGUGGCGCCAACUUGAAAUCCAUCAUUCGAAUGCUGCGAGGUUUACUCGACCAAGGCAUUCCUUCUAAGGAGCUAGAGAAUCUUCAAGAAUUAAAACCUUUAGAUCAGUGUCUAAUUGGACAGACUAAGGAAAACAGAAGGAAGAACAGAUACAAAAAUAUACUUCCCUAUGACGCUACGAGAGUGCCCCUUGGCGAAGAAGGCGGCUAUAUCAACGCCAGCUUCAUCAAGAUCCCCGUGGGGAAAGAAGAGUUCGUUUACAUUGCCUGCCAGGGGCCUCUCCCUACGACUGUGGGAGAUUUCUGGCAGAUGAUUUGGGAGCAAAAAUCCACAGUGAUUGCCAUGAUGACACAAGAAGUAGAAGGAGAAAAAGUCAAAUGCCAGCGCUACUGGCCAAACAUCCUAGGCAAAACAACAAUGGCCAAUGACAGGCUGCGCCUGGCUCUUGUGAGGACGCAGCAGCUGAAGGGCUUUGUAGUGAGGGCCAUGACCGUAGAAGACAUUCAGACAGGAGAGGUGCGACACGUUUCUCAUCUGAAUUUCACAGCCUGGCCGGAUCACGAUACGCCUUCCCAGCCCCAUGACCUGCUCACGUUCAUCUCCUACAUGAGACACGUCCACAGCGCAGGCCCCAUCGUCACGCACUGCAGCGCGGGCAUCGGACGCUCGGGGACGCUCAUAUGCAUUGAUGUGGUCCUGGGACUCAUCAGUCAAGACCUUGACUUUGACAUCUCUGACUUAGUGCGCUGCAUGAGACUGCAAAGACACGGCAUGGUUCAGACGGAGGAUCAAUAUAUUUUCUGCUAUCAAGUCAUCCUCUAUGUCCUGACUCACCUUCAUGCUGAAGAAGAGCAACAAGAGCGGCCUCCGCUUCCAAAAUGACAAGAGAAGAGCAGCUUCUGGAUGUUUCCACACCUCCUUACCCUCCAGCAGACUUGUGCUCUGCUUACACUAAGGGUCGCAGGGCUGCAAGGCCCCGCGAUACUAUUCUGCUUAUUCUCCUCUGCCUUAGAGAAGGGCAUUCUUCCCAACAGCAGAUGUCAAAUGCUGGAUUUUUACAGCGACUUUAACCUGCUAGAAAUUAUUUCACACACAUUGAACAACACAGAUCGUAGGACUAAUGACAGCUUUUGAUUAAAGUGGGCAUUGUUACAAGGACACCCUCAGUCCACUAUUAAUGUAUCAAUCUUUGUUUAUAGCAAAAAAAAAUUUCCCAGUAUUUUAAUAAAGUAGAGGUAUUUUAUAGGGGAUACUUGAAACCAGUAUUUAAGCUUUAAAUGACAAUAAUAAUUGCAUAGGAAAAAGUAGUAUAUGUUUACUAUAUCAAUUUCUAAUGUUUACUAUAUAGAAUUUCUUGUAAUAUAUUUGUAUACUUUUUUCAUGAAAGUGAAGUUAUCAGCUACUGUUUGUAACGGUAUCAUCCAUUUGUAAUGCAUUAUCUCA